GUCAAACAGUUUCUUGGAAGACUCCAGAAACUCUUCCUCUCUCUAUAUAUAGAGGAAGAGAUUGCAUGUAUGUAGUCUUCACGCACUUCUUAAUUGAAUAUUCGAAACCACACCUUUGAGCUAUUCGAGGUCUGGCCUCUCACAAUAUUCAAGCACCUCAGCCUCCUAUUCAUACCAGUUCAAAGAUGCGUCUCUCUAUGAUGCAAGUUUUCCUUACGGCUCUUACCAUCUUCGCCGCAGCGGAGGCGAAGCGUUGUGAUACUGCUGCAGACUGUUAUGAUGCUGAGUGUCCUGCUCCCUCUGUCCCAUUUUGGUCAGUAAAGAGCUUGUUCAUUAAUCGCUUUAUACUCAUGCUAAUGAUUGUUGUUAUAGUCAACUUGAUGGACCGGGAGGUCGAUGUACAUGUAAAUAAGGAGAGUCGUUAUCCGCUGUGUUCUACAUUCUACCGCAGUCUGGAGAUAAGUUCUUCGACAUUGAAUGCUUUUUACGAAUACUAAUGACUAAAGUUUUAGUGGGAAGUGUAGUGUGCUUACCUCCAAGGCUAAGGAGACAGUUUUCACGUGGUAGUGUUGUAGUUGCCAGGUUGGAACGCUUCAGGAAUGGUUCUGGUUUUGCCGAGUAUUACAAAAGUUCAAAUGUUACAGUACCACUUAAAAAUCUCGAAACGUGCAAAUGAGUGCUUUGUUACUCUUGACAUGUAAACCACCCUAAUAAAUAAACUUUUUCUGGAAACUUCACAAUGGG